AUGCCCUCUUUCAACGACGUCUCUUAUCAGACUGCCACCGUCACCCAACCUCGCUCAUUUGACUCGCCUCGAAAGUCCCACGAUAAGACCCCCGUCGGAAAUACCUUCCUCUGGACCAACUGGCCUAACGGCACCGACGCGAAUCACGACUCACAACAGAAUGACCGACACCUGUUGACUGACCUCAAGAACGGCAGUGCAUACUCGCUGAAUGGCCCUCGGUCCAGUGUCAGUUCGUACACACGCGAUCCGCCGCUGUCCAAGGACGGCAGCAUGCAUUCGGUAGCCAAUGGGUCCACGAGAGAUUCCCGCGAGAACGGCCGGCCGUCCGCCAUGUUGGACCGCAAACUCUCGGACAAUGGACCUGGAAUGAUCUCCACCACAACGUCUCCAUCUGCCCACCAACCCAAUGGCACGACCAACGGCCAGCCCGCCACAGGGAAACUGAUGAUCAAUGGGGAUACACAGCGGCCUUCCGCCGACGAGUCAAUCUCACCGUCCGCAUCGCUCUUGCAAAUUCCACAGCAGGAUGAGACUGGUCGUCAUUCACCAGAUCCCGAUCGCUUGAACCCGAACUCGCGGCCCGGAACACAACGCCACUCCUCCCCUCCCGCCCCGUCAAUGCUCGACGCUGUCUCGAUGCCAGAGUCGCAGAACUCCAGUAUUCGACAACGACAUUCCUUGCAGGUUCCGAGGACACCUAGCGUGCGGCGGGAUAGCCGAGAAUACACAGACGAUGCGGCGUACAGCACUGGCCGGAUGUCGCCGACGACUGGCUUCCGACGCACAUCGAUCAGCCUUAUUCGACGGGCAACGAAAAACAGCACGCAACAAGAUAUCACGUUGGACGAGGCACCGCCAGAUGAAGAUGCAGCUCGAUGGGCGGAAGCCAUCAAGCAAAAGCGCGCCUCACGACGACGCCGCGAGGAGGAGGACGAUGACCGAGUGAUCGUGGGAACCAAGGUGGACCAGAAUCACGUCAACUAUGUGACGGCAUAUAACAUGUUGACGGGAAUCCGCUUCACGGUCUCGAGGAUCAACGCGAAAAUGGACAGAGAACUCACCCCGGCGGAUUUCGAUGCCAAACACAAAUUCUCCUUUGACAUCACCGGGAACGAACUGAUCCCCUCCGCCAAAUACGACUUCAAAUUCAAAGACUACGCACCUUGGGUCUUCCGACACCUGCGCGCCAAGUUUCGCCUCGAUCCCGCCGAUUACCUUAUGUCUCUUACAAGCAAGUACAUUUUGUCCGAGCUGGGCUCUCCUGGCAAGAGCGGAAGCUUCUUUUACUUCUCGCGCGACUAUAAAUACAUCAUCAAGACCAUUCACCACUCUGAACAUAAGCUUCUCCGGAGGAUACUUCCUGAGUACUACCGGCAUGUGGAGAACAAUCCGAACACACUCAUUUCACAAUUCUAUGGAUUGCACCGAGUCAAGAUGGCAUAUGGCCGAAAGAUUCACUUCGUCGUCAUGAACAACCUGUUUCCGCCCCACCGAGACAUCCACCAGACAUUCGAUUUGAAGGGCUCGACCAUUGGUCGUGAUCUGCAGGAGUCAGACCUGGAGAGAAACCCCAGAGCAACCAUGAAGGACCUGAACUGGGUUCGUCGGAAUCGUCACUUGGAAUGUGGUCCUAUAAAACGGGACUUCUUCCUCGAGCAAUUAAAACGUGACGUGGUGCUGCUGCAGAAACUGAAGAUCAUGGACUAUUCCCUUUUGGUAGGAAUUCAUGACUCAGGGAGGGGCAACGAAGAGAAGUUGCGCGACAAGACGCUUCAGGUCUUUCAGCCGGGCGGCGAAGAGGACACGAACCAGAACCACUUGAUGCGUACGCCGUCGAAGUUGGAGAAUGAACGCAAAGCUCGUGAGCUGCGCAUGCUCAUCAAGCGUGAACGGCCUGUUCCGCUGGACAAAGCAGCUUCGAAGAUGCCAGAUGAGAUUCUCGACGAACGGAAAUAUCAUGUCUUUUACGCGGACGAUGGCGGUUUCCGGGCCACCCACGAGAACGGUCAACCUGGCGAUGAGAUCUACUACCUCGGUAUCAUUGAUUGCUUGACUCAUUAUGGCACCACGAAGAAGCUCGAGAACUUCUUCAAAGGUCUCUCGCACGAUCGGGCACAGAUCUCCCCAAUCCCUCCACAGCCCUAUGGAGAGCGCUUCAUCAAUUUCAUCAAGGGAAUCACGAUGUCGAACGAAGAAGCGGAACGGCGACGCGAAUCUCGAGUCUCUGCUUCUGGUGCACCCCAGCAAUCAACCGACAAGCGACGUUCGAGAUCUUCUUCUGUCGAGCGGACUAUGCAGGCAGCGGAGAAAGAGGCAUCGAAAGACGUGUCUGUCACUCAUCCUCGAACACUCGCCACUGUCUGGGACCCCGCCGAUGCCAAUGGCCCCGGCCCGACUUCCACUUUGCCCAUAGUGGACGAAGCCGGCGAAGCAAGCAGUGUUGGAGGACACAGCUCCCACAGCCGACACGGUCAUCCAGCAUCAGAGAAGGAACUGCCACCUGUUCCCGACGAAGCGCCGCCCCCGACGCCCAGCAAAGGCAAGGAAGUCGACCGAAGCAAUCCGAUGAAUCCAAAUUCAGCCUCCCGCUAG